AUGAUACUAGACGAUCAUGUUCUUCCGCGGGCAGAAGAGAACGACCCGUCUGUGGGGUUUCAGGCGCUUGGAGGCUCGACGGGUACUGGAUCGCAGCAUUCGAACGAUCAUUUCCCUCUUCCUUCUGACUGGCAAGAACUGCUCGACAAGUACUUCCACACCACUCACAGCUGGUUGCCUAUUGCGGAGAAGCACGAACUUCUGAAGAUAUCGUACUCCUUGCGUGCAAUCGAAGCCCCUGCAACUGGGCACACAACCUCAUCCCGCGGAGAUAAUGCCUUCCUUGCCGCCGCGUUUGCGUAUGUCAUCCAAAGAGAGCAGAAAGAUGUCGGUGGAACUCGCAACGAAGAACUACUGCGCCUUUCUACCUUUGCAAUUGACCUGCUGGACUUCCCUGGAGACUCAAACGAACCGGGACACGUUCGAGCAUUACUAUUACUCACUCUUGCUCAAAUCGAUAAUAACAAGUGGGACCAGGCCUGGCGAACGGUUGGACGAGCUGUCUACAUGAUGGUGAGCCUUCUAGACAUCAACGACGCCAUGACUAUGUCUUCUGCGGAGGAAGGCCACAAACGCACAUUGCUCGGGUGUUUUGCUAUGGAGGCGUUAGUCGCAACGCGAUUGAAGCGGCGAACAUAUCUGAGUUAUGCGGAUGUGCAGACUCUUGGUUUGUUGUCAACGAAUACGGUCGAAGAAUGGGAGCCCUGGCAGAGUUCCACAGGGCCUGGUACUGAUGGAAUACAAACUGCUCUUGGCCGUGUCGUCAGCCUCUUCAAUCAUUUCAUGCGACUUGCCGCCAUGAUGCACGAACUACAGCUGGACACAGGUAAUGCGAAGACGCAAGAUUCUGCGGUACGCUUCGGGAACUGGAAAGGCCAGCUACAACAAACUUAUGCAAUGUCAUUGUCACCUCAUUCAUCGCCACAGCUUCUGAACCUCAGCACUGCAGUCACGACUAUGCAGAUAAUGGUUGAGACCCAGAUUACUACACAGCUCUCACCAACGACUCUGAACGAAUUGAGCGUGCUCGUGGAGACGCUCGAGCACCAAGUAUCCUCAGAUAAGGCUUUAACAAGUAGCCUCGUCCCAUCGACCAUCGACUUAUAUCUGUCACUGAUAGAAGACUCGUUAAUUCAACAAGGCUCGGAUCAGGCGUCAGGCACACAAGAUCAGAUAGUCCAUAUCCUAAGUAGUAUAAAGCGCCUGCGGAGUGUGAAAAUGGAGAUAGGAGGUCGAUCGAGAACCGGGGAACGUCUUGCCGCAGACUCGUUAGCAGGAGCUUCAGUUGUGUCAAGCAACAGUGGCCAACCACAACCGAACAAUGUCGUCGCCGAGACGGCGUCUUUACAACCGCCGAGCAUCGAACAUGGUAUUUGGAAUGUUGACGACGAUGACAUGCUGUUCGAUACUAUGGCGACGUUGGACUCCACAAACUGGAUCGACAAUCUUCCAGACUUUGUCAGAGGUCUUGGAUCUGUUCGAACGGCUUCUCCAGAUUUACAGGCGCUCAUUGACGGUGCUUUUUGA